GGUAAAACUAGCGACCUGCCACCAACACGUAGGUAACUGAAAUCGGGACCUUGCUCGCGUCCGGUCAAAUUGAUUCUUGUACCGGUUCAUCCAUCUAACCACUUAUCCUCCUCCUUGCUACUCUUGACAUGGGCAAACAAUUUCCUGCAUCUGAGCUCAAGCGAGACGAGUCUCUCAGAGUUGUAGACAACCGCACUGGGAAGGAGUACACCGUCCCGAUCACCCACAACUCAAUUCCUGCAACGUUUUUCAAGGGCAUUCGUGCUCCUGCUGGUCCAAAUGACAGACCAGAAGACGAGACGGAACGUGGUUUACGUGUCGCUGAUAAAGGUUUUCUCAACACGGCUGUGAUAGAGAGUAGUAUCACAUAUAUUGACGGUGACAAUGGGGUGUUGCGGUACAGAGGCUACCCAAUUGAACAACUCGCGGCCCGCUCCAGUUUCCUUGAGGUCUCUUACCUCCUCAUAUAUGGGGCGCUCCCUGGCACGUCCCAAUUGUCCCACUUCACCAGCGAGAUCCUCCUGCAUGGGCCGAUACAUUCCGACGCAGAAGGAUUCUUCCGCGCUUUUAGGUACGAUGCUCACCCCAUGUCAAUGCUUACAAGUGCAUUUGCGUACCUGGGAAGCUACUAUGGGGAAGCAAAUCCCAGUUUGCAGGGGCAAGAUUUGUUCACCAAAGCUGCCAAGGGCGAUGCUGUUGCACUCCAGAAUAUGGACAGGCAAAUAUUCAGGCUGAUCGGCAAGGCUACCACAUUGGCUGCCAUGGCAUACCGUAUCCGCCAGGGCCGUGAUUUCGUCGUGCCCCCGACAGGAAUGAGCUAUACAGAGUCGUUCCUCUACCAGCUCGACCAUCUCUCACCCACAGAUCAACUAUCAGAGCCUCACUCGUACAAGCCACAUCCUGUUCUCGCAAAGGCACUCGACAUCCUCUUUAUCCUCCAUGCCGACCACGAGAUGAACGCGAGUUCUACCACCGUUCUUCAGACUGGAUCGUCGUUACCUGAUCCGUUCAGCGCCGUUGCGGCAGGCUGUGCAUCACUGUACGGUCCACUCCACGGAGGUGCGAAUGAAGCUGUUAUUCGGAUGCUUGUUUCCAUCGGCAGUCCCAAGAACGUUCCUGCCUUUUUAGAGGCAGUAAAGAAGCGCCAAAAGGUGCUGAGUGGAUUCGGCCACAGAGUAUACAAGACCUCUGAUCCGCGGUCAUUCAUCAUUCGCCAGGUGGCUGAUGAGGUGUUUGCUGAUGAGUACUUCGUAUCAAGGAAGUUAGCACCGAACGUUGAUUUCUGGAGUGGACUGAUCUACCGUGCGAUGGGUGAGAGCCAAUAUUGUACUGAAAAUGGAAAAACUGUAACACAGGAAUGAUAGGCUUCCCCAUGGAUUUCUUCCCAGUCUUGUUCGUCGUGCCCAGAGUCGUGGGCUGGAUCGCACAUUGGCGACAGAUGAUGCUUUCUCCAUCGGGAGUCAAGAUCUGGCGCCCUCGUCAAGUUUACGUCGGUUCGUCCACACGUGACUACGUGCCUCUGGAGGAGCGCACAGGUGCUGUUCAAGUUGGCGUUGGUAUGGAGCCGAGCGUGAUUGAGCAUUCGGGGAUGACGAAGAGGCGGAAGUUGGCGGAGGCUAGUGGUAAGGUCAGAAGUAAGCUUUGAGGGUGAGGGUGUAAGAUUAUUCAUAUACCGUUAAUGCCACCGAUGUCGCCUGAAUGUCGACCGUCUCCGCAAAGAUUUU